UGGAGUUCUUUGUGCCUCAAUAUUCUUUGCUUCGGCUCUCUUAAUUUCAUAUCAGCAGAAAUGACAAAAGUGUAAUCAACGAAUACAUGCGUAGAUAUAAUAAAAUUUGUAUGAAAAGAAACAUCAUUGAUCAUUCACAAUGACAAUUAAAUGUUAUCAGUGAAUUAAAACAAAAGUCCCUUAUCAGGGAAUUAAAAAGUGUGCAAUAAAGUUUACUACAUUAAAUUUAUUUUUCAGUCGGAAAUUGUGAUGAUAUGAUGCGACACAAUGUACGAGUGCAUCGCACUUUUGUUUGUAUUUUUAGGAUUAUUCAACAAUUUACAAAGUACUAAACUAAAUGGAACCGAAUUGUCUUUGCCAUUCGGCCCUAAAGCUAAAUUGUCAAUUGAACCACCAUUUAUGGCUGGUAUAGAAAAUAAAGUAAUAAUAAAAAAAACCAAUGAAUCUUUGAAUUUAACAUGCACCGUAGUACAACAGAAUGGAGAAAAAAAUGAUACCUUGUUUGAUUAUACUGUUGACUGGAAAUUACCUUCUUUAAAUGAUAAUUUCACUUCGAACUUUAAUAGAGGUAAUUAUAAAAAUAUGGCUUGGUUAUGGUUUGAUAGAUUAUCAGAAAGAGACUCUGGUAAUUAUACGUGCCAUGCAGUCACCUCAGAAGGAAUUCGCCAGCCCCAUAUUUCUGUCAAUAUUUUUUUAUCCGUGAAAAGUGUAAAAACAAUGCCUUCAUUUUGUGGCUCUCAAUGGUUCAAAUGUCGAUCAACAAAUUGUAUAAUGGCAAGGUAUGUCUGUGAUGGAAAAAAAGAUUGUGAAGAAGGUGAAGAUGAAAGUGCAGCAGCUGGAUGUGAAUCUGAUCCUUGCUUUGGAAAAAUAUUUUGUGGAGAGCGAUGUAUUCCUCCUGAAUGGUGUUGUGAUUAUAGAAAUUGUAGUACAACUUAUGGAUUACGGCCUUGGCCACCAGAAACUCAUGAAAUUAGUUAUGUACAAACAGCUUUCUAUACAGUCAUUGGAUGUGCAAUGGCAUUUAUGUUCAUUGUAACAAUAUUAGUGAUAGCAAUUUGUCGCGUGCAAAUAAAAAGAGCUAUGAAUAGUAGGUGGAAUCAAAGAAGUAGAGAUAUUUAUCGUCGUCAACCACGUUCAGUAUCACUAAAUAUGCCAAUUUAUGACGUUGAUGUGUAUUUAAAUAGAGCAGCUGAUAAUUAUCCACCAGGUGUAAAUAUUAUGUAUAAUAUAAAUAGUGGUGUUCAAUUUGUUGGUCAACCAGUAGAACCACCACCAUAUUCUGAAGUUAUAGUUACACCACCAAGGGAAGGACCACCUCCCCCUUAUGUAUCGUGUGAGAAUCUUGUAGAUCGAACUACAAUUUCAAGAAUGAUAACUGAUGCCUCACACACUUGUGAAAAUAUCAUAAUGCCACCGAUUCCGAAUUUUCAUUCAGUUCAAGGUCCUUUAGAUAUUUUAAAUCCUCAAGAUAUUUCUUACAAUCAUCAUUUAGCACGAACAUCUGAUAUUUCAAGUACUCAAAUAUUAGAAUCAAGUACAUCUACGACAAUAGUUGCUCGUGACGAACCUGAUCUAAGCUUAAGACCUUACGCAUCUCAAGCUUUUGACCUAGAAUAUGUUGAGACAGAUGCACUUUUAUCAGAAAACUCGAAAAAUGAUAAAAUUCAGAAUUCAAAAGAUAUAAUUUCCAAAUCAAACAUUCGACAAAAAGUUGUUAAGAGUAAACGAUUACCUCAGGAAUUUAGUAAUAAAGCGAAUGAUAGGACACGUAUCUCUUGCCAAACAGACGAAGAUUCAUCAAAUUUGCUUGUUGUGCAAGGAAAAGAACUACCUUCAAGAGAUGUUGAAAAUGAAGGAAUAUUUUUAGAAACUGAUCAACAAAAUGCAUGUUCUACGUCGACAAUUAUUUCAUCCCAAACUAAUUCUUCGAUUCUAUCAUCAACGAAAAGCUUGAAUAACUUAAAACCAGGUCCGAGUUCUUUUAAGAACAAGGGUAACGAAAAUAUAGAGUUACCUACCCAUAAUAUAAUUCCUAAACCAAGAGAUGAAGUAAAAAGUUAUCCGAAAACUUCAGAUAAUAUUUGUCAUGAUAAAAAUUCCUCUUUGCAUCCUAGUCAAGCUCAAAAUAGUGAAAAUUUAAAACGAGGAAAUACACUGAUUUAUGAUAAUGAACAGUCCAACAAGUCGAAUGAGUCUUCCAAUAUGUCAACCAGUGUUGUUGCUUCCGAUAAUGUCCGAGAUGUAGAUAAUGAUUCUAAUAAUGAAUUACAAGCUUCUGAACCAUUGAUUUUACCUCUUCGUGAGUCUUUUAUAGGUGUACAAAAAGGUAAUUAGAUUCUUACUCAUUAAUCUAUUUUCGAAACUUGAAAAAAAUUUUGGAAUACAAUGUUCAAAUAGAAUUAUUUUUGAACUCUUCGCAAUUUUUGAUGAACUUAAAAAUAUAUACAAUUUAUUCUUUUUAAUUGAUACUAUCAUUUUAAUUGCAAUGGGGUAAUUGUCAUUCAUAUUAAAAUUAUG